AUGGCUCCGUCUGCGUGGGUGAUUGUCACGUGCGCGUCCAUAGCGAGCCUCAAUUGCGGAACGCUCUACUUCUUUGGCGCGUUUUCGCCACAGGUGGCCUCCCAGCUACGGUACACCGCCGCACAAACGUCGCGAAUCGCAAUAGCUGGACAGUCUGCCACGAUCCUGGCAGGCCCGCCGUGCGGACACGUUAUCGACGCUGUGGGCUUCACUUUUCCGGCGGUGUUGGGCUCCUUGGCAAUUUGGCUCGGGUACCUGCUGUUCUACAAGCAGUACUCGUCUGCUGCAUCAAAUUUACCGUACAGCUGCUUUUUAUUUGCGCUGAUCGGCGUCGGUAGCACUGGACUCGGCUCUGCCUGCGUGAAAAGCAGCAUGCUUGCGUGGCCUGCGCGCAAAGGGCUUGCCGUGGCGCUACCGCUGGCAUGCUACGGCGCCAGCGGCAUCUUCUUUUCCAGCCUGGGGAGCUGGCUUACGCCAGGCGACACAGCCGCGUUUCUGAAGAUGGUGGCUAGCGUAACGUUCGGAAUCGGACUGGCCACGGCGCCCGUGCUCAGCGUGUACGACUGGCGGCGGCCGCGUGUGCCUGCAACUAACGUGUCUGCGUCGAUUCCGAUGCAGGUGCUGUCGUCGCCGCGCCCUGUGCUGCGCCACACAGAGAAGCCGCAUGCCCUCAGGACACCCGAGUUCUGGAUGGUCACAGCGGCUCUGGGUCUUCUUGCCGGCAUAGGACAGAUGUACAUCUACGGUCUCGGCAUGAUUGUGUGCUCGCUGUAUGCGUUGCCGUCGCAAACGCAGCAGGCGCUCGCCGCGUACGAUGUGGCGGUGCAGGAGCACCAGCACGCGCAAGUGAGCCUGCUCUCGCUGUGCUCGACAGGCGGGCGACUAGUGGGCGGGCUGGUCGCAGACGAGUUCCAUGCGCGCGUGCGGCGUUCGCGAACGUACCUGCUGCUAGUUCCCGCCACGCUGAUCGGCGCGGUCCAGAUUGGUGGCAUUUUUUCGCACAACCUGCGUACGCUUUCUUUUCUGUCUGUGGGGCUGGGGUUGGGGUACGGCUCGCUGUACACACUGACGCCGCUGGUAGUGAGCGAUCUGUGGGGGAUGACGAGCUUCAGCACGAACUGGGGGCUGUGCAACCUGACUCCCGUGGUGACGAACCUCGUGCUGAGCACGCUGUUCGCCCGCAACUACGAUCUGCAUACUGAAAAUCUGGAGAUAUCUGGGGAAACGAGACGGCUGUGCAUGGCCGGACACAGGUGUUACAACGGCGCGUUCUGGGGCACACUGGGCUUGGCGGUGGUUGCGUGCGGAUUCCUGGGCGCGCUGAUCUUCAACAAACAAAACCUCAAGUAUGUUUUCACGACACAUUUUUGGGGGCCCGUGUCGAACUUUGGGCUUCCCAUCGCGGCCAUCAUGGAUAUCAGAAACAAGUCGCCAGAGGUGAUCAGCGGACCAAUGACGGGCUCGCUGAUUGUGUAUUCUUUGGUGUUUAUGCGCUACGCGCUCGCCGUGAAACCAGCCAAUUACCUUCUUUUUGUGUGUCACUUGCUCAACGAAGGAGCCCAGAUUGGCCAGGGAUACAGGUAUAUAAAGUACCACUACGGCAACAAGGUGCAGAAAUAGGCGUUCUGUUUAUAAAGUCGACAUAAAUAUCAUUCCUUAGUCAAACAGGCCCUUGGCAAUGGGCACCUGCGUCGGGUCCAGCCUGUCAGGGUCGAAGGGCAACGGCUCGGGCUGGGAGGCUUGUUCGCGGGCCACCGCCGGCGGACUCCGAGGCCGGUCCUGUGUAGCUGUGUCGUGCGGCUUGUUAUUCCAGACGAUCUGGGCGGCAGCAGUCGACUCCGUCCGCUCGGACACAAACAGCGACUCUGCCGACUGUGGCUGUUUUGGCGGCUCGGCAAACGGAGCAGACUCUGAGGCCUCGCUGUCGCUGAUCAUGGUCAGCGUAAACAUGCACACCUCGCACCGCUCGUGCUCUCCCCUCGCGACGCGGCGCUCAAACACGAUCGGAGAGCCCUCGUAGCUGAAAUUGAUGGAGCACUCGCCACUUUCAGCACCUGCCAGCUGCACAAAAGUGCGGAAGUCGCGCAACCUGAACGCGAUACUGUGUUUUUGGUUUCCUGGAAGGGUGUUUUCGUCCACCAGGUCGUUCAGACUCACUUGCAUCGACAAACUCAUCGGCUGCGUCGCCAGCGACGCAUUCUUCUGGCUCAGCAUUUCCUGGCGGUUGAAUCCGUGCAAAAGCAUCUUGCGUGCACUGGGGUACACCUCAAGUCUGAAGUCCUCGAGACCCUGACCAAACAUGCUCAGGAACCUUUUCAGAAUGCGAAUCUCCAUCACCAGAUGGUGCACGCGGUCUUCCUGGUCCUGUGUACGCACUAGGCGGGCAUAAACCCUGCUGAUCUUGAGAUCAUCCGACGCGUAUCCGGGUCGGAACGUCAGCGAGUAGUUUUUGGUCACCCCGUUCGUGCGCAUGGCCUCUACGAACAGCCUGUUGCUGAAUAUCUGACUUGAAUCGGGCACGUUCUCGUGGAUCAGCAGCAGUUUCAAAGACUCUGUGUUUUCGCAGUCUUUGAAGCACACAUUCAUGGUUUUGCUGUUGAUCAGAAAGCUGAACGUCUGCUGGUUGUUCACAACCGGCAAAUCGCCUUCUAUGGUAAAUGUGUGGAAAAACUCCUGACGAAAAGUGCACGUCAAAGAGCUGGUUUUGUUGAUGUUCACGGCCGUCAGCAGAAGCUCGUACUUGUCCCCAGCCUCCUUCAACGUGACCUUAAUGGUGUCAGAAAUGGUCG